CUUUGAUACGAUCGCUCAUUUUUCUUCAUUUCUUCAGUCUAAUCAUUUUACAUUUUUAAACUGGUUCGCAUCGCAUCGUGUGCACUAUGUCAUCGGCCUAUAAGUCAGGAACGAACAGUGCAGAGUACAACGUACAAUAAUGUAAGAACAGCAUUGAACGUGUAGUAUGACGUUUGAGAGAUCUCCAGUUUCUCCAGUUGCAAAGUUUCUCUGCAGAUCUCGUUCCCAUCUCUUCGUAGCGUUUCGUUAAUUGUACCACCACUUUCGAUUUUAAUUACUAUUGCCUCUUGAUGACACAGGAGAUCCAGUGGUCAAUUUCCAAGUGUGGAUAGUAUUCCACAAUCAGUGAUUCACGAACUCUUUUCGCGUCUGCGUCGCAUAUGUGCACCACUUUUCAAACGGUUUCAUGCCUAAACGAUCAACUACCACAAAUUCACUGAUGUUCACAUCUUUUGCACAAGACAGCUAUGCCAUGAAGACCAGAUUAGUAUGCUGUAUUUGAUAAAGUGAACCACGAAAUUGCUCCGGAAAAGCUAGGUCGCUUGGGAUUCUGUCUUUACUGGAUAGGUUUUGAUGUUACUUAAUGGGACGAAUGUUAUCCGUUCAUACUGGGGAAUUCUCUCUAGACAGUUUCAUGGCUUUUCCGGAGUAUCGCAAGGAAGCCAUUUAGAACCAUAAUACAUUCCAUAACUGCAACCAGAACCAGAUACGGAUGAAAGGAUUAAAAAAAACAAAGCGAAAAAUAGAUCUACAUUCCAACAAAAGCCUGCUGCAAUUUGCUUCCUUCCCAGGGAUUGCUGAUGAUCUGGAUUUUUGUGGAUAUGUUGAAGUUUUUCAACGAAUUGUUAAAAAGAAUCCAGACCUAUUGAAAAAGAUUUUGCCAAUUCAAGGAGAUGUUGUGCACGAAAAUUUGGGAAUCAGUACUAAAGAUCAAGAAACAUUAGUGAAUACAAUUGAUGUCGUAUUCCACUGUGCAGCAACUCUAAAGCUGGAAUCGAAGUUGAAGGAUGCUGUAGAGAUGAAUACACAAGGAACGAAACGUAUAAUAGAGCUGUGCAAACAAAUGAAAAAGUUGAAAGUGAUGUUGCAUUUAUCUACGGCUUUUUGUUACUGUGAUAAGGAAGUACUUAACGAACGGGUGUAUGACUUUCAUCAUAAUCCGUACGAUGUAAUGAGAGCAGUAGAAUGGAUGGACGAAACAAUAGUUGACAAGAUAACGCCUCAUUUGCUGAAACCACAUCCCAAUACAUACACGUACACAAAAAGAUUAGCUGAAUGCCUUGUUCGAGAUUCCUAUCCCCAGUUGCCAGCAUGCAUCGUACGACCAAGUAUAGUUGUACCUGCGUGGGAGGAACCGGUUCAGGGAUGGGUAGACAGUUUGAAUGGACCUGUUGGAAUAAUGGUUGCUGGUGGGAAAGGUGUUUUGCGAUCCAUGUUAUGUAAUCCCGAGUACAAUGCAGAAGUUAUCCCUGUAGACAAAGCCAUAAAUGGCUUGAUAAUCAUUGCCUACAAUAUUGGACAACAAAGCGUGAAACCUCCCGAAGUUCCGGUCUUUAAUGUAACCUGCCGAGAAACGAAACGCACAACAUGGAGGGAUGUUUUGGAAAUAGGCAAACAAGUUGCUUACGAGUAUCCUUUUGAAGCCGGAGCGUGGUAUCCUGAUGGAGACAUUACAACGAACAAACUAAAGCACCAAAUAUCAGUCGCUUUGUUUCAUUGGGUUCCUGCGUAUUUUAUAGACGGCCUUAUGUUUUGCUUUGGCCAAAAGAGAUUCAUGUGUCGCGUGCAAAGAAUGAUUUCGCAAGGAUUGGAUUUGUUGCAGUUUUUCACUACACGACAAUGGGAUUUUAAAUCACAGCAAUACCAAGCAAUUCAAAAAACCCUCAGUGAUGCCGAUGCAGAAUUGUUUAACAUGGAUGUGGACCAAAUUGAAACAAAAGAAUACAUUAAACGCGUGGUUCUUGGAGGGCGCCAAUUUUGUCUCAAAGAACCUUUAUCUUCCUUGCCGAAAGCAAGGGUUCAAUUAAAAAUACUUUACAUCGUCGAUAAAUUCGCGAAACUUUGUUUGUUGUACUUUUUGUACUGGUGUCUGAAAAAAUUAGUCUUUUCAUGGUAACCAUUGUACUGUUCGUUUUUUUAAACACAAAUAAGGCUAAUGAAAAAAAAACGGUUCUACUUUGAGUAGGAGUUUGAAGGUGAAGGUUUGCGUUAAAUUACCAUCGAAAAGUAUAAGAAGGUGAGAGUGAACUAUAAAUGAAGUACAGCUUUAUAAUAAAAUAACCAUUGUAAUAGUUUUUGGCAAGGGUAAAGAAGCACAAAAUAAAUUGGAUCGAAAACUGGAAUUAAAUUUAUUGU